AUGAGCGUGUCCAAAGAAUUCUGCCAGCAGAAUUUUGUAUUGUUCCGGCUGGGACUCGACAUUCAGACCCGGCUGCGUGCUCCCCAACGUGACGAGACUCGCACUGAGUACCUGCGAUACAUCGAGGAAAACAACAGCGUUCUCGUCGCCGUGGCACGCAAGCGGUAUCCAGACGUCGUUCCGCGAAAGCAUGACCUUCGAGACAAAAAGGACAACAAGAACGACAAGGACGACUCUCGCAAGUACGAGAGCUUUCGAGGCAAGCACAGUUCUCGCGGCUAUAAGGAUAGUCGCUCCCGUGACAAGGAUCGCGAUAAGGAUCGCGAUAGGUACCGGAGCAAGCAUCGCGACAAGGAUCGCGACAGGGACCGCGACGGACACCGCGAGAAGGACCGCUCCUACAAGCGAGACGACCGCGGCAAGGACUACAAGCGAGACGAUCGCCGCGACCGACGAAAUGACCGCGGCAAAGAUUAUAAGCCCCACGAUGGAGACCGCGACCGAGACCGCGAUGGAGACCGCGGUCGAGACCGCGUCCACAACAUCGAGUCCGACGCACGGGAGAGCGACGGAGACGACUCGGGUGAUAAACCCUACGAGAGUGACGGAGGUGCCUCGCUCUCGGACGACGACGCCUACAACGUCGCGGAUCACUACACCGAGUCACACUUGCAAAACCUGCGGAGUGACGACCCCAUCGCGCAACCUCCUUUUCGCGCACCUCGCGUCUUGUCCUGGAGCCCCUGUCUACCAAACGACGGAGGAUGA